CCGAUUGAUUUUUGAAAAUUAAGGCCAAAUAGCAAAGAAUAUAUUUUAGAUUAUCUAGUCUGAUCUGUGCUUUUUCUCGCCGAUUGCGAUGAAAAAUAAAAGAGUGUUUAGUGUAUAUUAAGUAAAGAAUGUCAAAGGGUCAAGAAGAAGCGAAUACGGCGAAAAAUGGCCCCGUAAUACAAGGCCAAGUUCAUGCAAUAGACCAUUCACCUUGUGUAUCCGACUCGUCAGACGGCGACGAAGACCUAGAUGAAUCGGCACUUGAAUACAUUCUACAAGGAAAACAAGAUUUCCUGACAUCAAAGAUUAAGUUACCAAGUGGUUCUUCGGGCAAUGAUAAUGAUGUGCGCACAAAAAUUGAUCCUGAUACACAAGCAAGACUUGAAGCUUUACUUGAAGCAGCUGGUGUCGCAAAACUAGCUGAUGGUAAGGCUUUUGCCGAUCCCGAUGUUCUGCGGAGGUUGACAUCUUCGGUGAGCAGUGCAUUGGAUGAAGCAGCAGCUGCGCUGACCAGAAUGAGAACUCAAAACAAUGGUGUACCUUCAUCACCCAAUCAUACUACCGAAGCAGCUGGAUUUCACAGUUUGGCAAAUGCGUGUCUGGAGGGAAAUGUGAACGCGGUGAGAAAGCUUUUGGAGCAAGGCUGGAGUGUCCACGAUUCAACGGAUGAAGGAGAGAGCCUCUUGUCCCUGGCUUGCUCUGCAGGUUACUGCGAGCUUGCGCAAGUUUUGCUCGCGAUGAAUGCCAAGGUGGACGACCGUGGCAGCAAGGGGGACUGUACACCACUCAUGGAAGCUUCCAGUGGCGGCUUCCUCGAUAUUGUGCAUUUACUUCUCGACAAUGGCGCUGAUGUAAACGCCCAAUCUCAAGCUGGUAACACCGCGUUGAUCUACGCAUGUUGCGGAGGUUACGAAGAUGUUGUGAAAGUGUUGUUGGUUCAUGGUGCUGAGAUCGAGUCUCAUAAUGAGAACGGUCACACGCCUUUGAUGGAAGCAGCUAGCGGAGGUCAUGUGAAUGUUGCAAAGUUGUUGCUCGAACGAGGCGCGUGUAUUAAUUCUCACUCAAACGAGUUUAAAGAGAGCGCCUUAACGUUGGCUUGUUAUAAAGGGCAUGUUGACAUGGUGAAGUUCCUUCUGGAUGCUGGAGCAGAUCAGGAACACAAAACUGAUGAAAUGCACACGGCUUUGAUGGAAGCUUCUAUGGAUGGACAUGUUGAGGUUGCUCGACUGCUUUUAGAUCACGGAGCGGAGGUCAACAUGCCUGCCGACAGCUUCGAAUCUCCCCUAACUCUGGCUGCCUGUGGCGGUCACGUGGAACUCGCCUCUUUGCUGAUUGAACGAGAUGCUUUCUUGGAAGAAGUCAACGACGAAGGGUAUACUCCACUAAUGGAGGCAUCGCGUGAAGGUCAUCUUGAUAUGGUGGCCUUGCUACUUGACAAAGGUGCAGAUCUUCAUGCGCAAACUGAUGAAACGCAAGAGACCGCUUUAAGUUUAACGUGUUGUGGAGGAUUUCAGGACGUCGCCGCCUUUUUGUUAGACCGAGGGGCGGAUAUCGAACAGGGUUCCUCGACCCCACUUAUGGAAGCUGCUCAGGAAGGCCAUGUUGAUUUGGUGAAGUUUCUUUUAAGCAGAGGUGCAAAUGUGAACGGGACAACUGCCACUGGCGAUACGCCUCUGUCGUUUGCCUGCGAAAAUGGCCACACCGAUGUUGCUGAUAUUCUUUUGGAAGUUGGAGCAGAGCUGGAACACGAGUCGGAAGGUGGACGAACGCCGUUGAUGAAAGCAGCACGAGCAGGCCACCUUUGCACCGUUCAGUUCCUCAUCUCACGAGGUGCUGAUGUGAAUCGAGCUACGACAACGAACGAUCAUACGGUGCUUUCGUUGGCCUGCGCUGGAGGGUAUCUCGCUGUCGUCGAGCUACUCCUGGCGCAUGGCGCUAAACCUGAUCACGAUUUGAAGGAUAACUCGACAAUGUUACUGGAAGCGUGUAAAGGGGGUCAUACCUCUGUUGCCCGGCUACUUAUGGAGACGCCUCUGCAUGGAAAUCACCCCGAAUAUCGUUUCGCUGCCAUCCAACCCCCCAGCUCGCCCUCCUCCCCACCCCGUGUCCCCCCAGUUCACUCGCUGGACCAACUCGAUCCCAACCUGCCUCUCCCUGGCCUGAACUGUAACCAUCACGAUUUGUUACCCUCGACCUCCAUAAUGGUCCCUCCUGGUCUACUGCCAUCUACUGGUGUACCAAUGACGGACGAUAAGCUUGGAUUUCUCACCAACAGCUUGUAUAAGAACGCUUUCCUCAACGAAUUGGAACGUGAAAUGCCGUCGCUCACGCCGGAAGAACAACAACGCAUCGAGGCCGAAUUAGCACGUGUCAAGCACGAGGCGCUCGAGAUCACCACGCCACCUUCGCCUUUUCGACUGGACGCCGCUGUCGCAGAGGUCGACAGUAUCGGCGACGGCGACGAAUCUGGGGCGAGUGAUGAUGGAGACAGUUUGCACAGCGGAUAUGCAGAUCACUCGGAUGAAAGCUCCCCGUGUGAUUUUGUCGGGCCAUCAUCGAUGCCGCUGACACCGACACCGUCGCCAGCGAGCCCCACGUUCGUGCCCGCGAUCGAUAUCGAACAGCAGACGGAAAGCAAUCACGACACCGCGUUGUCUAUGGCGGCUGCCGGAGGGCAUGAUGAUCUUGUAAAGCUGUUGCUUCAGCGAGGAUCGACCUUGGAACACCGCGAUAAGAAAGGAUGUACGCCUUUAAUUCUGGCGGCAACGGCCGGUCAUGCGUCUACAGUUCAGAUGCUGCUAGACCACGGCGCAGAUAUAGAGGCACAAUCCGAUCGAACCAAGGACACCGCAUUAUCUCUCGCCUGUUCUGGGGGGAGACAAGAGGCUGUAGAAGUGCUGAUCGCUGGUAACGCCAACUUCGAACAUCGCAAUGUCUCAGACUACACUCCAUUAAGUCUGGCUGCAUCGGGCGGUUACAUUGGCAUCGUUAAAAUACUCCUAGCUCACGGUGCGGAGAUCAAUUCGCGAACUGGUAGCAAGCUUGGUAUCUCUCCUCUGAUGCUGGCUUCCAUGAACGGGCAUACUGCCACCGUGAAACUACUCCUCGACAUGGGCGCGGACAUCAAUGCCCAGAUCGAAACGAACAGGAAUACGGCGCUGACCUUGGCGUGCUUUCAAGGCAGGCACGAGGUCGUCAGCUUGUUGGUUGAGAGACGGGCGAAUAUCGAACAUCGUGCCAAGACUGGGCUAACUCCGCUCAUGGAAGCCGCGUCAGGAGGUUAUGUUGAAGUAGGUCGUGUCCUGUUGGAUAAAGGGGCUGACGUCAACGCCCCGCCUGUGCCCUCGUCACGUGACACCGCCCUGACGAUUGCAGCCGACAAAGGUCACCAGAAAUUUUGUGAUCUUCUCCUGUCUCGUAGCGCCAUCGUGGAAGUGCGAAAUAAGAAAGGAAGCACGCCUUUAUGGUUGGCUGCAAACGGAGGCCAUCUCGAAGUCUGCCAACUUCUCGCACGAUACGGCGCGGAUGUGAGCAGUCAGGACAAUCGCAAGGUAUCCGUUCUGAUGGCUGCCUUCAGGAAGGGUCAUGUCAAAACCGUAAAGUGGAUAGUCCGUCACGUCACGCAGUUUCCCUCCGAAUCUGAUUCAGCUAGAUUCAUUUCGACCCUCAGCGAUAAGGAGCUCCUGAAAAAAUGCCAGCAAUGCAUGGGUGUCAUCCGCCACGCGAAAGACCGCCAGGAAGAAGAGGCCGCGAAGAAUGCCUCCAUCUUGCUCCAGGAAGUGGACAUGGAGAAAGAGCGAGAAGAGGUGAAAAAGCAAGCAGCCGCACGACGCCGUGAGAAAAAGAAGAAGAAAAAGAAGAACAAGAUGGCAGGGAAAGGAGAAAAUGAGAAGAUGGCAGGAAAGGAGGAGGAGGGAGAAGAUGACGAGGAGCCGAUGGUGAUUGUCAAGGAAGAGAUCGAAGGGGUCCAAGAAGAGAAGAGUAAAGAUACCAGCGAUCGAAGUCCGAAUAAAAAGGACUCGCCUAAGAAAGAAGCGAUGGACGCUCUCACUAGCAUUGCAAUAACUACAGCUGUUGCUUCUAGUGUGUCUGGCAAACACGUGGAAAGAACGUUCGCAAUGACAACAUCCGAGAUCACGAAGGCCGUUGCGUCGACGAUGUACACCACUGCAACCAGGAUCAGCGAUAUCUCGCCAAUCACUGUCGCUACUGCGGCUGCGCAAUGCGUCACUGUCACCUUGACGACGACCUCCCCCGUGAUGAGCAGUACGACGUCUCACAGUCGUAUCAAGGCCUCACCCAGUUCCAGGAGGGGCAGGAAACACGAAGAGGGUUGGAAUGUUGUCAUUAGAAGAUCUAAGAAACUCUCAGUGCCCUCCUCUGUAAUCAGUCGUGUCAUCGGGCGAGGCGGUUGCAACGUGAACGCUAUCCGCGACGCCACUGGGGCCCAUGUGGAUAUAGACACCAGCAACCAGAAGGCUACGGGAACGUGCACCGUCACGAUAAAGGGAGCAGUUGAGGCGACGAGAGAAGCUCAUCAACUCAUUCUGACCUUGAUCAAGGAUCCUGAAUGUGAUAUCAACGAUCAUCUACCACGUUCGAAGCAAUCCCAAAACACCUCUGCAUCACAUCGUUCAUCCUUCGAGAUCCCCGCAGCCAGUACCCACUCCACCGCGCACGAUGCGUCGCGUGUCUCGCGCGUGCCCUCCACUUCUGUAUCCCUUAGUACAACUUCCUAUCCUUUGGUUAUCCCUGUGUCGAGAAGUCUCCACUCGCGUCCUGAGAAGAGGUCACGUCCAGCAAGUACUGCUGUGUCAUCAUCGCACCUGCCCGGAAACGUUCGCUGGGCUUCGCCGACCUACCAAGCACCGACGAAAACGACCAAUGUUUGCGACUUCCCAGUGCAGCACCCGAGCAGCGUACCCACUACUCAGCCGAGCAGUUCUGGAAGGGGCACAUCUGCUGCCCGUUCUCCUGCCGCCCGUCAACUCGUAUAUGCGAGCGACACGUCGCCGCCGCCCCUCCAAUCAUCACCGCCCAUCCGAGUAACGUCGACAACCGCCCGAACAGCGUCGUUGGCAACUCGUGUUACACCAUCAAAGACCAGCGCGACGGCCUCGACCACCCGAGUGACGUCUUCGAAGACUAGCGUAACGUCGUCGUCCAAUCGGAUAACGCCGCCAACCACCAAGGUCACUUCAGCCACAUCUCGUAUGACGUCAUCGACCGCACGUGUGACGUCAUCGAAAACUAGUGUGACGCCAUCGACCACCCGAGUGAUGUCAUCUUCGGAGUAUCGAAGCUCGAAACAACUCAGCUACUCGAAUGUCGCGGGGGGUGUAAUGCCUGGAAAUGGCGACAAGUCCCUUAUGAUUGGACCGGAUAGUGGCCUCAACGGUGCGGCACUCCCCCCUGUGAUAAGCAGCAUUCUGUCGCAAGUGUGUCAAACUCGAAGCCCGAUUGUUUGGAACGAGGGGUACUUUCCGAAAUCCGCGUCUGAGCCUGACGACCCUCUGGAUAGCAUCGGGGAGAGUGGCGAGUUCUCACAACCCCUCUCCGUAGCCACGUCUGGGGGAUUCAAGCCUCUACCUCACGAAAACUCCCCACCAAUCCCGUUGAGUGCGUCGCCCACGUCUAGCUCCUCGCCCAUAGUCGAUAGUACGCCAUCUCCCCCCGCUGCCUUGGCAAAUGCAGUUGAGGAGAAGCCUAUUCAGCCAAUUGGGACAGAGAGGGCAGCGCAUAGAAGAACUAACACCAGUCCAUCGCCAACUUUGACCGGGGUACCGCCGUUGAUCUCAGCUGAAGGAACAAGUGGAACCACGAACAGCGUUUGGAGUUACUAUCCCAAUACUUCACCCUCGUCAGCUUGGCCUACGACUUCCCUCGACACCAGGGCAUUAGCAUCGCCGCCUUUGGUUGCCAUGGAUACGUCAACCUCGCCACGACCGAUCUCCUCCACGGCUAUCUCGCAAGCGCGGUCCAACGAUAGCCUACAAGAGUUUCUCGAUAGACUUGGACUGUCCAACUACCUUGUCCUCUUUCAGAAAAACGAAAUCGAUCUUGAAGCGUUGUUGUUGAUGACGGAGACGGACUACGCGGAAAUUGGAUUGCCAAAGGGUCCCAGUACCAAGCUCCUGAGCUCGAUACGUCGCAUGUACAAUCCUCAAAUGGUUGUCCGAUCACAACAUGAGAUCUAUCGUCCUGAGUUCGGUUACGGAGUGAUACGAGCUAACUAUCCACGCCCUGCGGUCCGUUCGUCUCCUGUGCGAUCAAAUAUCUCAUGGAGACAACCGCUGCCACAGCGCCCUGUAUUGCAGCCGCAAAAUAUUCCGAAUGGCUCGAUUCCUAACAGCCCAGAGACGUAUAAUGGCGGUCAUGGAAGUGGGAUGUGGAACGCGUGGAGUCGAACGGCGAUCUAGUAGGUAGCCUUGCAGCAGUUUUGUUUGUUAGACUUGACGUUGUUGCUUGUUGACGAGGUUUUGCGAUCAAACAAUAGUUAUUGUAAUGGUGUUUCAUUUCGCUCUCUGUACUCUCAGAUUAUCUCUAUUCAAAUUAUUAAAACAGAAA